AUGAAGAGGUUUCCAUGCCUUGCCUUAAGUGCGGCAGCACUAGUGGUGCUGGCGGUGUUUUCGGGAGAAACACAGUGGGAGGAUGCACAAGUGACAUGCAACCCUAUAGAGCUCAGUGUCUGCUUGCCGGCAAUCACGUCAUCGACGCAUACAUCCGAAAGCUGCUGCAACAGGCUGAGGGAUCAGACGACAUGCUUUUGCGGGUACCUUAACGACCCUGCUUUAAGACAAUUUGCUGAUAAUCCCAACACUAGAAUGAUCGCUGGCGCUUGUGGAGUUCCAUAUCCUCGGUGUUAA